GAGACGCAGGUUUGCAUCGCUAUUCUGUACGCACCAGCCGCUUCUGGUGGUGUUUUGCCGGGUCCACUGAUCUGUAUCAUAGAGGGUCUUGCAACCGCAGCUAUGGCGGUCGGUUGCUGUUUUCUCCCUCUAGACCCGCCAUCAUUGUCGCCAAGCUGGCUCAAUCCAGACGAGAUCCGAUAUCUCGAAGUCCGCCCACUAGCCUCAAAUAGCCACAGUGGCCAUCACAAAGGCUUUGACAAGCGGAUAAUCUUCAACGUCUUUCUCGAUUGGGAAGGAUACUUGCUCAUAUUUGCCAGCUGA